AUGGGAGCAGACAAUCAGACCUGGGUGGGAGAGUUUAUUCUCCUCGGACUGUCCAAUGACUGGAGCACUCAGGUCUCUCUCUUUGUUUUGUUCUUGAUCACAUACCUGGUGACAGUUCUGGGCAACUUCCUCAUUGUUCUUCUGAUCGGACUGGACAGCCGGCUGCACACGCCCAUGUAUUUCUUUCUCACCAACCUCUCUCUGGUUGAUGUCUUUUAUGCCACAACGGUUGUUCCUCAGAUGUUGGUGCAUUUUCUCGCAGCACAUAAGAUCAUCCCACAUGUGAGCUGUGCGGCUCAGCUGUUUUUCUCCCUGGGUUUGGGUGGGAUUGAGUUUGUUUUAUUGGCCGUGAUGGCCUAUGACCGCUAUGUGGCUGUGUGCAACCCUCUGCGGUACUCAGUCAUCAUGCACGGGGGACUGUGUACUCGGUUGGCCGUCAUCUCCUGGGUCAGUGGCUCUAUCAAUUCUCUCCUGCAGACUGCCAUCACCUUUCAGUUGCCCAUGUGCACGAAUAAGUUUAUUGACCACAUAUCCUGUGAACUUCUCGCUGUGGUCAGGCUGGCCUGUGUAGACACCUCCUCCAAUGAGGUAGCAAUCAUGGUCUCCAGCAUCGUCCUUCUGAUGACCCCUUUCUGCCUGGUCCUCCUGUCCUACAUCAAGAUCAUCUCUGCCAUCCUAAAGAUCCGGUCCACAGAGGGAAGGAAGAAAGCCUUCCACACGUGUGCAUCCCACCUCACCGUGGUUGUCCUGUGCUAUGGCAUGGCCAUUCUGACUUACAUCCAGCCCCGAUCCAACCCCUCAGUGCUUCAGGAGAAGUUGAUUUCUCUCUUCUAUGCCAUUCUGACACCCAUGCUGAACCCCAUGAUCUACAGUCUGAGGAAUAAAGAGGUGAAGGGGGCGUGGCAGAAACUGUUGGGGAAGUUGUCUGGGUUAAGGUCCAAACUGGAAACUUGA